AUGGAGAUUGAGUCCAAGACGGUGCCUGCGGCCGAUGCCGCCAGCAUGGCUGAGCACGACGCCAAGAACGAUACGGAGCAGUUCCGAGGCCUGCGACGCAUCCCCGAUAAGCUGCCCGCGGUCGCGCUGCUGAUUCUCGUCGUCGAGCUGGGCGAGAGAGCGACUUACUUUGGUCUGUCGGGGCCGUUCCAGAACUACAUCAACAACCCCUAUGCACCGGGGUCCGACCUCCCAGGAGCUCUUGGAAAGGGCCAGGCUGUCGCUACCGCUCUCGGCAACUUCUUCAAGUUCUGGGCAUAUGCCUCUACAGUCAUCGGUGCCAUCAUUGCUGAUCAAUACCUCGGCAAGUACAAGGCCAUUCUGUGCGCAUGCAGCGUCUACAUCGUCGGCCUUAUCAUCCUCGUCACCACCGCCACACCCUCUGCUAUCACGCACGGAGCGGGCCUUGGUGGACUCAUCGCAGCCAUGGUCACGAUUGGCCUGGGCACGGGCGGCAUCAAGGCCAACGUAACGCCCAUGUGCGCCGAGCAAUACCAGAACUCUCAUCCAGUCCUAAAGACACUCAAGUCGGGAGAGCAGGUCAUCGUCGACCCCGACCUGACGGUGCAGCGGCUGUUCAUGUGGUUCUACUGGGUCGUCAAUAUCGGCGCCUUGUCGCCUCUGAUCACCGUCAACGUCGAGAAGCAUCACUCUUUCUGGCUUGCAUACCUGAUACCAUUGAUUAUUAUCCUGAUUUCCGCCAGCGUGUUUGUUUGGGGGCGAAAGAAAUACGUCAGAGUGCCACCGAUGGGCUCCGCCAUCCUCGACGCGUGCCGUACAGCGAGCAUUGCCAUCAAGGAGAAAGGCUUCUACAAUGCUCGUCCUUCAGUGCUCCUGGAGCGAGGGCAUGCCGACAAGUAUCCUCUCGCAAGGCAGGAGAGGUACACGGACGCAUAUGUCGGCGAUGUUCAGCGUGGCCUGAAGAGCUGCAAGAUGUUUUUGUUCUUUCCGUUCUACUUCAUUUGCUGGAACCAGAUGUGGAACAAUCUCAUCUCCCAGGCCGGCCAGAUGGCUCUGCACGGGACGCCAAACGACCUGCUGCAGAAUCUGGAUCCCAUCGCGCUCUGCAUCUUCAUCCCGUUCCUAGACGUCAUCGUUUAUCCCCUGCUGCGCAAGUACAAGAUUGACUUUGACCCCGUCACACGUAUCUUCAUGGGCUUCAUGUUUGCGUCCGUCGCCAUGGUCUACGCCUGUGUGCUGCAGCAUUACAUCUACAACUCACCGCCAAAGAGCAUCCACGUCUGGAUCCAGGCGCCCAGCUACGUCUUGGUGGCGUUCUCCGAGGCGUUUGUCAUCAUCACAGGCCUCGAGCUUGCCUUCACCCAGGCACCGAAAAACCUGCGGUCCGUCAUUUCGGCGUUGUUCUGGCUGACUAUCGCGGUGGCGGCCGCCAUUUGCAUCGCGCUUGGGGCCGUCUCGCAAGACCCCUACCUCGUGUGGAUGUACGGCUCCUUGGCCAUUGUUGGCUUCGUGGCAGGGUGUCUGUUUUACGUGUGCUUCUUCCCUGGCAGAAGAAAGUGGUCGCCGCGCGAGGAAGUCGUGAUUGAGGGGACUUCACAAUAG